AUGGAGGAUACAUUGUGGUCAGAUUGUAUUCCAUCGGACAUACUCGGAUUAAUAUCAUCACGUCUUGUUGCUGCGGAAUACUUUGCUUUUCGUGCCGUUUGUAAAAGAUGGCGCUACGCACCCGUGACACCUCCACCUCGUCCUCGUCAACCAGAAAAGAAAACGCCUUGUUUGUUCACUUUGCGCGGAGAUACCGGAAUUGUAGAAUUCUAUCACCCCGUAUACAAUAUCGUGACGACUACAUCUAUCCCAAUCCCCAAAUUAAGGGGUUCCAGAAUUCUAAGUUCAAAAGCUAAUUGGUUGCUAAUGAGUCAUGGUAAUCGCGGCAUGUUUUUUUUCAAUCCUAUUAGUAAUGACAUAAUUGAACUUCCUGAUCUACUAGAGGAGCAUGGGAAUAUUUUCUCUUCUUGGACAUUUUCGUGUCCUCCAGACUCAUCGUCAUUUGCUUGUUUUGUUGUUGGUUUGGAGAACUCUGGUUGUCCACCAGAAGUAUGCAUCAUCAAAGUUGGAGAGAUUGAUUGGACGUAUCAUAACUUAUACGAUCGAGAUAGAUACAAGUAUUUUUAUUUAACUGGAUGCAAUAAUCCAAUAUUUUUCAAAAACAAUAUUGUCUAUGUAUUGGGAGACAAAGGAAAUUUGGGAAUACUGACCAUCAACGAAAACUCAAUUCCUAGUUGGGAAUUUUAUGGGAGCUACUUUCGACGUCGAAAACAAAAGUCAAUCCAACAUGUUUACACGGUAGAAGAUGUCGACAAUGAAGGAAUGAUAGCUGUAUUUCUAUCUCACCAUGAAGGAGAAGUAGAGGUUUGGAGGUACAAUAUGAAUGGAGAAGUGUUGGAAAGGGAAAAAAUAACAAGUUUAGACAAUAAUAAAACGUUGUUCGUGAGCUUGGGAGGAUCUUUCUUGAAAACAUGUGUUGCACAGGGCCUAGGAAACAAGAUAUAUUUCUCAAUGUUUCACGAUAACAAGGGUGUUUUCUAUUGUUUGGCCAAUCGUAAAUAUUACUCUUUCGAUUACUUUGGCAUCAAAGCAUAUUCAAGUCCAAAUAUUUUUAACUUGGUUCGACCUAGAUCCUGCAUUUGGAUCGAACCAGAGAAUUAUUAA